AUGUUGUUCCAGAUCAGGGACGAUUAUUUCGGAGAAAAGCGAAUUACUACGAGCUGCUACUGCUACGAAGCAUGUGAAGAGUGUUCACUGACUAUGACGUGUUCUCAUAUGCAAACGGAGCUCGUGUCACCUAGCAACGCAGGCAACUCCAUCUCUUCUUCGCCACCCUUGGCCUUCUUUCGCCACCACAGACAGCAUCACCACCACGGCGACAACCAAAUAGGAACUGGACUGGGGCGCGCCGCGCGCUGGCUACGGAUUAGAUUACCAGAAGCGCAAAUCCACUAUCUAGGCAGGUGCGACGUCGAGUCCACGGCUCCCGGUCUCGAAGUAAUAAACAGCCUCUGCAAUCCAUUACGCUUUGCCUGGACCACCACGAUGAACUCCCAAAGCGGAUCCAGGGGAGCGCAGAGUGCAGGCCCAAAUUUCUACGAAUGGACACCGGUGAGCCAAUACCAUUCCAUCGCGAACUGCAAAAAGAUCCUCAGAUCUCGGGGUAUUCGAAUACCAGGCAUAUCUCGCAGCGGUGCCGCGUACUUGAAUACUGUCUCAGCAUUGCUGCGUGGAAACGCGCGAAACAAGCUACUGAGAUUCUGCAAUCAACGAGGACUCUCGGUCAAUUCCGCGUCUGCCAGCAAGCCCGAGCUGAUUUCGACUCUGGAACACGCUGACGCGACGCCGACUUUUGAGAGGAUGGCCGACUUGCCUCCUGAGAUCAGGCUGAUGAUCUUCGACUUCCACUACGCACCUCUCGGAGAUGAUCCACGCAAUCAUAGAGACCUCAGGUGGAACUCGACUUCUCCCCCCAUUCCACCUCCACUGCAACAAGCCUGCGUUCGACUGUGGCCCGCAUGCGCAGAGCCAUAUUAUCAAGAAUGCGACCUCGUCGUUGAGGUGAAUUGCAUCUGGGACUCGGAGCCGAUUCGCUUUUCUCUGUCCACGCAAGCUUUUCUGUCAGCGACAGUAGCGGGAGUUUUCAAAUACAUUCGUAGAGUCUUUAUCGUCGCGCCGGCUUUAGCUGAGGAAGGGACAAGACUCAAGACGGCUUGGAGAAUCGACCUCGAUGAGACGGACCCGGAUCAGAGGCUGGUUCAAGUCGGUUUGCCGUGGCACUACAUGUAUCAGAGUAGGAUGCUCCAGGCCACAUCAGAGGCUGUUUACAAAGCGCUUCAGGAGAAGGUUCUGGGUAUUCAGAAGCGCGCUGGAAAUAAGACGUUGUUGAAGACGGAUGUGUUGGAGCUGAAAGAGGUCUUCGUUAAGCUUCUGGCCGAUCACGGAUCCCACGGAUUGCACACAACCGGCCAUCUCGCACGGAUUCGCACACGCAUAACUGGACCUUUCUCACACGCCCUUUUGUGUCACUUGGAGACACUGCCUUUGAUUCUCCUUCCUUCACAGCUUCCUUUGUCUUCUGGACCUAAAACAUACCAUACCAUAAGAAACUCCAUGCUGGACCGUCAUGGUUCCAAGACCAUAUCAGAUCUACCAAUCACAAGAAGACCGCUACAGCUCUGGCAGCUAUACCGCUACUAUGAACUCAACAAAAGUCCCACUUCCGAUCCCCUCUCUACCUUCAAAUCCAAUCCGCCAAAUCACCCUGCCAAGUCUAUCAGCAGUCAGCGCGCGCCCUACGAGACGUCUAUCAUGCUCUGUCUGGCACUCAGAGUCCACCCAGAUAGAGCUCCCGCUGCGCAUCUCCGUGAGCUCCACACCUCACUCUUUCAGAAACUCUUCAAUGCCUACGAAACCUUAUCCAAGCACUUUGAUAACGGUCAAGAUCACAUGAAGAUGCUCCCCUCGCUCAGCCGAAAUAGCUCGCACGCCAAGAACGAGAACCUCGCUACUAAGCGUAUGGAGAAAGUUGCGGAAUCGAAAUUGAAAGAGGUCGUCAAUCAAACAAGAUCAGGUGCUCUGGAAAUAUCGCGCUCAAUGAGCCUUCUCGCAACACGGUUUUGGAUUGCUCGAUUCCCAGGCCGGGGGGGGGGGGGGGGGUGCGUUCCACCACAGAUCUUCGCGGGAUAUGAAGUUGACCAAGCCGACGUCGAUGUAUAUCAGACCACGCCUAGAGAAAAGUCAGGCUAUGCUGAGAUACCACCCACAGAAGUGAUGGCAAUGAGCCUGAGGUGUGAGCGCGCACUGCCGCCAGUAAAUAAAGCGAUAAAAAGCAACGUCUCUCGAGGGGGUAUACGAUAUAGGUCGUCAUCGUUGCCCGAUUUUGACGUUCCCAGUUCAGGUAUACAUACAUUCUACUCCGAUAGACUCACAGACUUUUGA